AUGAAUGGAGUUGUUGAAGCUGCCAACAAAAACAUCAAGAAGAUCCUCCGAAAGAUGAUUGAUAACUACAAAGACUGGCAUGAAAAAUUGCCAUAUGCAUUACUGGGAUAUCGCACAACCGUCAGAACUUCAACCGGAGCCACUCCAUAUUUGCUGUUCUAUGGCACUGAGGCAGUGAUACCGGCCGAAGUAGAAAUCCCUUCACUUCGAAUGAUACAAGAAGCAGAAUUAGACGAUGCAAAAUGGAUCCGUAAAAGGCAUGAGCAACUUGCUCUGAUAGAUGAAAAGAGGAUGAUCGCUGUUUGCCAUGGUCAGUUGUACCAACAAAGAAUGGCACGAGCCUUCAACAAACAUGUGAGGACUAGACUUUUCCAAGCAGGGCAAUUGGUGCUCAAGCGAAUAUUCCCAAAUCAAGAAGAAUACAAAAGGAAGUUUGCGCCAAACUGGCAAGGGCCUUAUAUGGUGCGAAAGGUGUUAUCAGGAGGAGCAGUUUUCCUCGCUGAAAUGGAUUGCCAAGAGUGGCCAAGAGCAAUAAAUUCAGACGCCCUCAAGAGAUACUAUGUUUGA